UUGGUUUCUCAUCAAUGGCGGAUAUACUAAGCGCUCUCCCGGACGAAGUUGUAUGUCACAUUCUCUCCUUUCUCCAAACCAAAGAAGCAGUUGCCACAAGCAUUCUAUCCAAAAGGUGGAACCAUCUAUGGCGUUCGGUUCUCGUUUUGAACUUCCCCGACACGAUAUUAUAUCACCAAGACGCCUAUUUCCGCUUUACCGAUAUCAUCUGCUCAGUCUUGGUAUCCGUAACCCCCAUCAAGGAUUUCAAAAUCUCUCUUAUGUACAAAUAUAGUCAGGAAGAUCUCACUCUUGACGUUCCCGGUUUUUACGAUUGGAUCGACUUUUUGGUAGAACGCGGUGUUGAGAAACUUGAUCUCUAUCUAUGGCUAGGCAUGCCGGGUGUGCCUGAUUUGCCUGAUACCAUUCUUACAUGCAAAACCCUUGUUUCUCUUAAACUUCGCUUUUUCAGUAUCAACUUUACCUUUCCUUCUCUUCAACUCCCGUCUCUCAAAACCCUUGACUUAGAGUUUAUAUUUUGCCAAAUAGAUGAAAACUUUAUGUUGCUUUUAGCAGGAUGUCCAAUUCUUGACAAAUUAACCAUAUCUAAAAUAUGGGGCUUCCAUUCUCAAAGCACUAACAAAUGGGAAAAGUUUAGCUUAACUAACUUGACCCAAGCAAGUAUUGAUUCAACUUAUUUUCACUUUCCAUUGGAACCACUUCAUAAUGUUCACUCUCUUUCAAUUUCAACGGCUAAGAUGGAUUCCUAUAAUAAUCAUGUACUUCCUACCUUUCAUAAUUUGACCUCCCUGGAUCUCAACUCCUUCAAUUACCGUUGGCAUUUUUUAAUUCAACUUCUCAAACACUCUCCUAACCUUCAAACACUUAAGCUCAAUGAGGCGGCCUCAGAUAAGGACAUAUGGACCAAAGACGAGGAAACAUGGACUAGACAAGAUGACAAAGAAAAUUGGGUGGACCCUGAUUGUGUUCCACAGUGCCUUUCAUUACACCUUAAAACCUGCCAUCUUUUGAGCUUCUUAGGUUUGCAAGGUGAGCUUUUGCUAGCAAAGUAUAUUUUGAAGAAUUCAGUGGUUCUACAAACAAUGAAAAUCUGGAAUGGUGGACAGCCUAAAAUAAAAAGACUAUUACUAUCAUGCCCAAGGGCUUCAUCGACGUGUAAACUAACCGUAUAUCAUGUUUUAUGUAAGUUGUAGUUACUCUAUUCUUCCUGUCAUUUCGCAAGCUUUUACAAUGCAACUGAUAGAUUAGCUGGGUUGAACUAGAACUUUGACAUUUCAUACUUUUAACAGUUUAUCAUGUUUAUUUGAUAUUUCAUACUUUUUUUUUAUGGGCGUGAACACGUCCAAUGCCUCUUGCUUCAAUAUUUUAUGUCCUUUGUUCUAUUUUACACAUCUUUUUAGUUGAGCCUGUACAUUAAUAACUUCUAUAUCGGGUAUGUGGUCAUGUAUUAAGUUUUACAUUGAGUUCCAAGUUGUUAUAGGAUCACCUAUCCAAGUCACCCUUAUCUUAUCAUGUUUUUUUUCCUUUUCUCAAUUCUGUGUCUAAUAGAUGACUUUCUAGUUAUUGAUCUUCAGUAGUCCCUUCACCUAACCAAAGUCAAGGUUUAGUCGUUGGAUCCGGUUACAGAUGACAUGUCCCACUUAAGUUAGUUUUUCUUUUUUCUUAUUUGGUAGUCCCGCUAUCCAACUAUCGCCAUUGUUGAUUCACUGCCCCGGUCACUCAACUUUGUUUGGAUGCAGCGCCUGAAAGUUCUUUGUUACGUGUUUUCCUUUUGAUGUUGCGUUCAUCAUUAAAGAGGCCAAACUCACAAAAGACCAACAAACCUCCACAAAUUUUGAAAUGCCAACAUCCUCUUUCUCCUCCCAUUGCUUAUAGAGAGACACACUUGUUGAUCUGCCUGGAGCACCAAAGCUAUUAAUAAUAUCUUUUAUUAGAUAUCAAAUAAACAUAGAGAUAGAUGAAAUCGUGUAUUAAGUCUCUCAGCAACUCGCUAAUAUUGUUAAACAUGUGGUGCACAAUAAAGUUCAACAAGCCAAAAAGUGGGAGAAUGACAAGCCAAUUCUUAUGACAUUUCUUCAAUUCAAAGAGUUGAAGGAAAACAAAACCAGUUGGAUUAAUUUCCAAUAAAGUUCAUUCGUACGUACAACAUAUAAAAAGAUAAAGGAAAGCAACUAAAAUAGUAUAGCCAAAAGAAAAGCUAAGGCUUGCAUUUCAAAGUCUUGAUUAGAAUCUCUCUGAUCUGAACAUGUGCACAUCAGUUUUGAAUUUGAGAGCCUGAGAUGAAGAAAAUCCAACACAAAACUGACCACUAAAAUUUCUGAUAAUGACCUCCUAUUGGUUACAAUAAUUUUCUAGUUCGUUUUGUAUUUCAAGCCUUCUCUGUGGAUCCAACGAAGCCGGAGUGUGCAUGGCCAUCUCCGGUAAAGAUGUUGAGUUUUCCACAAUGUAUUUUACAAACUCUUUUUCAUAUUUUUCACCCAUAUAAUUCAUAACAGUACACUUUCUAAACUGCAAACAAAGACAUUCAGGAACAACACAUGGACAAUACCAUAAAAUGUCUUCCGAUAUUAAAAUCGGUGGCUUGCCAAGGAAAAAUUCUUGAAGCUUGGGACAAUUCUCAAACACACCAAAUACCAAUUUCCAAUAAACACUUCUUCUUACAUAUACGACUUCAACACGAGUUAAAUUGGCAAAUACAGGAAGAUCAUCAAGAACAAUCUGCGUGAUUCAGAAGAAAAACUGUAAGAUAAAUAGGGCUAUAUAGUAAAUG